GAACACGUAGACAUACGUUACUCCGAACGCACGGGGGAGACGAUGUGGCGGUGUUCGCGCUUGGGCCCCACCACUCCAUGUUCUCGGGCCUAUACGAGCAGAGCCAACUGCCGUACCGGAUGGCGUGGCUGCGUGUUUCGGCCCAGGGAGCGUGUAUUGCGCCGGUAGAUCUCGUCUCAGCUUGCCCGAAUGCUGGUGCCAUUCAUUGGCCCCUGAAGCACUUGCACUGUCUCACGUUCUUGGCCCUGUUGGCCAGCAUACCUGUAUACUUCUACGAGCGUCCGAUCAAUUAA